UUCCCAUCAUGCAUCACCGUGAAGCGGUGUCCGUAGCAACAGCACAGGAAGUGGCGCGCAACUGUUUAAAAAAAAACUUUCUCACAACAAACUGGGGGAUGUGAUUUUGAUGUCAUUCAACUUCAAGGAAAAGAUAAACUGUGGCGACGGAGUCUGAAACAACCUGAAAGACCGUUCAAGGGGGAUUGUUAGCCCAAAACAUGUCGUUUGUUAGAGUUGGGCGUUCACAACAACAGGCCAAAGGAAAACAGUCUGUUCGCCCCAAGAAGGCAGCAGCUACCAAAAAAGAGUGGGUGAGCACCGUAAGUGACCUCUCUGUGCACAAGCUGACCCCUGCAGAGCUGAGCCAUCGGCAUGAGAUUCACAAGUCCCACAACAAGGCUGCGGCUCAGUGGGAGCUGAGAGAGCAAGCCCUAAAGCGCCGUCUCAGACACCCUGGCAGCCCUGCACCUCUGGACCAAGCCAGCCUCAGCAUCAUGAGGGAGGUGUUUUCAGACCAGCUUCUGCUGCAGGAUGUGCUAUCUCGCUCUGACAGAGCCAUGGCUGUUGUCAAAGAUUUAUUUGGAGAUGUUCCUCGUAGGCAAACAGGGCACCCCAGUGUGACGAUGGCUCCAAACUGUGACAUUGACUCAGCGCUGCCUGUGCUCCAGAGACCAGAUCCUCCAACUCAGCUGUCACUAUUGAGCCAGUCUAUGAUGGAUCAACAGGCUCUUAAUGAAGUAGAAUCUCCAGAGCAAGACAACAGUGAUGAAGAUGUCUGUCCUGCUGGCAGUUCAAACUAUAAUGUAAUCAGAAGGGCAAAUGUACGAAAAAUGAAGGUACAGUCUCAUGGUAGAGUGAUACAAAAAGUCCAUCAUCCUAAGUCUGACCAUGCAGACAGAGAUAAUGUUCCUGUGACCCCCUGUACAUCAGGCAGAGCACCCGAUGAAAGAGCUCUUAAUGCCACAGUGGCUGUUAAGCGUGUCAGGUCCAGACAAAGUGAGACGGAGGAAGGAAAGGAGGAGCCGUCAGCUCUGGUUUCUCAGGUGCUUAACCCUGAGCUGCCUCUCAACCAGUCAGGCAAGAACAGUAGUCGUUGCGGCAGGACCAGGAAGUGUUUAUCUCAGAGUUUGGAGCUGGAUGGCUCCUCUGUUGCCUCUCUCAGUGCUGAUCAGUCCGGUCUGGGUCUGCUGCAGGCUAUGUUGGGUCAGGUGGAGGCAGACUUGGAUACUCUGAGUCCCAGCUUUGAAGCAGCUUCAGCACAGAGUCAAAAACAGAGCAGAACACAGGGGCUCACAGGAUUCUCUGUGUUGUUGGUCUCCACUCUGGGACGUUUAGUGCACCUCUUCAAACAGAGGGAAGAGAAGGCUCAGGAAGAAGCUCAAGAGAGAAGAGGACUAGAGGAGGCGUUAAGAGAGCAGCGUGGGCUGAUUGAUGCUCUCACUGCUGAGACGAUGACUCUGAGAGAAGAGGCAGCAACCCUGCAGGCAGGGUUGCUGCAACGGACAGCAGAGCUGGAGCAGAAGUUGGACACAGUGUUGUUGGUGAUUGGUGGACUAGGCCUACUGGAGGCUCACAUGGACCCACCCCAAGACUCCAGGGUCAAAGCUUCAGCUCUCCAGUCUGCACCAGUUGCUGAGCAGCAUCGUGAACGAUUACAGUCGCCUGUUUCUCCUGCUGUGUUGCUCUCCCCCCCUCAACAGAUAGACAACUGGCAACAAUUUCCUGUACGGCUGCACCAGAAGAUUCCUCCUUUAGACACCCUGCGUUCCUGUGAGGACCUCCAGGUCCACAGCUCAUCCUCCAGUCUCGCAAGCCUUCCUCUCCCCAGCCUUCCCUCUACUACUUCAUUAACAACCACUGAUGCUCUCAACUCACGCCUCUCUCCAGAGGCAAUUCUCGCAGAGAUCACUCUGCUUAGUGAACAGAACAACUUGAUCAAGGCCCAGCUUAGCCAGGCUAAGAGCCUCGGUUCAGGGGUCGGAAGAUCCCCUGAGAGCAGCAGUGACACUGGAAGUGUUAGGGAGAGGAGGAUCUCAGUUUCCAGCAGCACAGGAAGAGGGAGUCGGCAUGUCCAGGCUGCUGAUGUGGAGCAGCUAAUUACUCAGACAACAUCACCAAGCUCCCCUUCUGCAAGCAGUGUGGAACAGCGCCUCCUGGAGCUGAACAGACAAAGUGCAGCAGCGAGGGGUCGCCUGCUAGAGCUCAUCGAUCAACAGAAACAAAGUGUUUCAUCUAAAGUUUCAUCCUCUGUUUCCCCCAUUCCCCGUUCUGCCAUCAGUCCACAUUCAGCAGCUGAACGAGUGGGAAGUCCAGAGGAAUCCAUGCUGUUGACUGCACAGGAGCUCCUGUCCCAGACUAGUGGUGUGGGUAGACGAUCUGCUGGCUCUGAAGGGUUAUCUUACAGUCCUGGAGGAGAUACAAGAGACGACAAAGCAGAAAUGGAGAAACGGAGAGAGCGAGAGGGCUGGUUUGCCUUGUCUGCUCAUGUUAGAUGAUAAGGACUCAUUAUUUAUGUAUCACAAUAAAAAAUAAAUCGUCCAUUUGCGUUCACACAUGUUGCUCACCUGAAAAAUGUCCUAAAUUUCAGGAGUUUUCUGCAUGUGUGAAGCAUGAAGUCAUUUGUUCAUACAUAAUUAAAUACAAUCUGGAUUUAUUA